AUGGGAUCAGACAAAUUUAAGCAAAAUGAUGUUGAUAUUCGUGGCUGACAUUAUGCGUGUGAAGAACAAAACAUGUCUGCUGUUCGUUUGCUUCUGGAGCAUGGUGCAUCGGCUACUGUACAAAGCAAGGAUGGGAAAACCCCAUUGGAUGUGGCACCCGAUGUAUUCCGUGUCAAAGUGUCCAAAUAUUUGCAACAGCUCGAGUCCGCUUGAUCUCAUCCAUUCGAAACGGUUCCGUGCUCAUCUGUCCAUUUGCCAAACAACCCCUUACGGCUUUUUUGCCGAUGAUGUCUGUUUUUUUACGUUCAGAUCAGAAUAA